AUUCGCAGUCCGCUCGCCCCCGGUCACAAUCUAUUCCGCAGCCCAGCUACCGGCACGCUUUAUUAUAUUGAAUUACCAUUCCACUGCCGUGCUGUCCGGGGUUUCGGCGCGGGACCACACAUCCCACACGCAGUACCAAGAUUCCAAAAAUACGGAUACCACAGUACCAGUCCUUCCUAUCCAUCCGCAUACCGGCAAAAAUGGACCACGGCGCGUCAAGUUCCAGCAUGGCAACAUGUAAAAUAUCCAUGCUGUGGAACUGGUACACCAUCGACGCUUGCUUCCUGUCGCCAUCGUGGCAGAUCACGUCGCACGGCGCCUUCGCGGCGACGUGCAUCGGCGUGAUGCUGAUGGUGGUGCUGCUCGAGUUCCUGCGGCGGCUCGGCAAGGAAUACGACCAGCACAUCUCGCGGCAGUUCGCGGCGCGGGUCGGGGUGAUCGUUAAUGCCGGCUCCUCCCCUUCUUCUGCGUCUGCGUCAGCCCCGGCCGCUGCUCGUUGCUCUUCUUCUGCCCGGGACGGUGGUGGAGAGCCGACGGUGGUGACGUUCCGCGCGUCCCCACUAGAGCAGUUUAUCCGGGCCGUGAUCCACGCCGCGACGUUCGGGCUGGCCUACAUCAUCAUGCUGCUCGCCAUGUACUACAACGGGUACAUCAUCAUCUGCAUCCUGAUUGGGGCGCUGCUGGGCAAGUUCUUGUGCGACUGGAUGACCUGCAAGGUGGUGAUUGGGCAGCCCGGGGCGGACGCCAAGGGCUCGGCCGCGGCCGCGGGGAUCGACGAGCCGACCGUUUGCUGCGGGUGAGCAGCGGAUGGGGGAAAGGGUUGGGGUGAAGAGGGGUUUACGCAGGACCUGGGAAGGGGGGCGGCACGCCGGACGCCAAGU